UCUUUUUCCUUAUUAAUCAUAAGGUAUGUUGGGAGAGGAGUUGGUGGGUCUACAUACUAAAUUUAUUUGGUGGGGGCCAACAUUUUAUUAUCAUGCUCAUGCUCAUGCCCAACCCACUGCCCCCAUAUAUAAUUUCUAUCUUCUGGUAAAAACAAUAAAAACAAAAAUAAAAUAUCUAUCUACUAGUAAAAUCACAACAUACACAUAGCACAUGGUACCUAAAAUAUCUUCCUAAGACCCCUCUAUGUUUUAACUGUCCUAAAACCACUUGCCCAACUCUUUGCUAUGGACCUUAAUCUCACUUUCUAUAGUUUUUUCAGGAAGAAUGAUCAAUUACUAAAAAUACUUCAACAUUUUACCUUCCUUCUUUAAUUAUUACUUAAUUAGCCUUUGUAUUAAUCACUUAAGCCAAGGAAUGAAAUUAAAGGCAAAACUAUGAUCAUGUCACAAAGUUGGUGCUGCUGAUAUCUAGACCAGACCAGGUCCAAACAUCUUUUUCUAUUCCCUUUCUUUUCUUUCUUUCUUUCCUUUUGAUUUGUUUUUUUUCUUUAAAUUUUUUAUUGUGUGAUAUGAACUGUCAAAAGUAGUGAUUAAAUAAAAUAUUCCUGAAAGUUUCUAUUUCAAUCUUCCACUUCUAUUGUUCCUUUCUCUCUUCUCUCUUUUCCCUUAUAAACUCUGUUUCUACAGGAAUGAGAGGCAGAUUUUAAGGUGAGCAUGAUGACUCUUAUUCUUGUCAUAGAUAGCAUAUUAAAUUUGUCAGGAAUUUGGAUUUCCAGAGUGGAAAAAAAUUUAAGAGAGGCAGCUCAAAAAGCAACCUAAUUUGGUCUAGUUCUUUAUCUAUGUUUACUAAUUUUCAUUUCUAGCAUUUGGCCAAAAACUCCAAAGCAUUAGAUCUCUCUCUAUUCUUGUUCUCUCCUUCUCUCACAUUUUCUGUCAAAAUUCAAGAACCCAAUUUGCAGUUUUUCUAAAUCAUCCUUAAAUCAAGAAUUUGUAUUUGUUUUGUACAAUGAGAGAUAUAGUUUCUUGUUUUAGUGAAAAUGCUAUAAAUAUAUCUCAUCCUUCAUGCUCUAGCUACUCAAACAAUGUUUGUAUAUCUCCAAGUUUAAUCCCAUCAAUCCAAAAUGCAGUCACCUGUUUAUAUAAAAUCAUUCUCUCCACUCAAAAACAACUCUUGGCCACAGUUACUUGGUGCAAAAAUAAUACAACUCAAGGCCUCAACAUAAACUUUGGCACUGAUCCUUCAACAUCUUUCAAACUCAACACCAGCACAAGACUGUUCAGGAAGAAAAGAGGCAGCAAAGUCAUCGAAUCUGAUAAUUCAAAGAUCGAGGUUUUCUGGGAUCUUUCUUCUGCUAGAUAUGACACAGGACCUGCACCUGUUGAUGGGUUCUAUGUCUUGGUCAUGGUUGAUUCAGAAAUAGGUCUUAUUCUGGGAGAUAUUGGGGACGAAACUAUCAACAAGAAGCUCAAAGUAACUACUCCGGUAGCAAAAACAAGUCUCAUCUCAAGGCAAGAACAUUGUUCAGGCAAUACUUUGUAUGCAACGAAAGCACAGUUUUGUGAUAAAGGAAUGCAACAUGAGAUAUUGAUUAAAUGUAGUGGAGAAAAUGAAGGUCUAAAGUAUCCGGUUUUAUCAGUAUGUAUUGACAAGAAGAUGGUGAUUCGUGUUAAGAGGCUGCAGUGGAACUUUAGAGGAAAUCAAUCAAUAUUUCUUGAUGGUUUGCUUGUUGACCUGAUGUGGGAUGUCCAUGAUUGGUUUUAUAAUCCUGCUUCUGGUUCUGCUGUGUUCAUGUUCAGGACAAGAAGUGGAAUGGAUAGCAGACUAUGGUUAGAGGAGAAAUUGCUUCAGAAAGAUCAAGAAAGAGUUGAAUUCUCUUUGUUGAUCUAUGCCUGUAAGAACCCUUGAAGAUAUUCUUUUUUUAUUUUUUUCUUUUUUGCUUUAAGAAAACUGACUUUGUUUCAUUUUCUUGUUCUUGUCUUUCUCUCCCUCUCUCCGUGUUUGAAAUCUUAGCUUUUGAUUAAUUUUUCUUUUUCUUCCACCUUCUAUUUGUUUUGCUUUCUUCUUGAAAGGUAUAGAAACUUAGAAUUCUUUUGAUCACUUGAGCAAUAAUUUAGUUGCUUAGUUGCAGAUAUGUGAAAUGAGAUACAAAAGGAAAUAUAUUGUUCUUAAUUUUUGA